AUGUCGACGACAAGCAAAACCGAGACAGUGCCCGCGAACGACGAAGAUGUCGUCUACUUCCACUCGGGUUCAACAGCAACAUACCGCAAAAUCAACAAGAACACAGCCACGGGAAACUUCACCUCAAUCCCCACAAUCGACCUCUCCGCCCUCACAUCCCCCGACCACUCAGCCCGCAAAGCCCUCGCCCAAGAAAUCUACACCGCCUGCACCACCAGCGGCUUCUUCUACGCCUCGAACCACGGGAUCCCCGAAGCCGAACAAACCGCCAUCUUCGACACCAUGAAACGCUUCUUCCUCGAGGUCGAUCUCCAGACGAAGAUGGAAGCGCACGCGCACAGGAAUGCGGCCAUGAGGGGUUAUGAGCCUAUGCUCGAGACGCAGCUAGAUCCGCGGACGAAGGGGGAUGUCAAGGAGGCGUAUAGUAUUGGUGACUGCGUAAUUGAGCCGGAACAGGAUUAUGUUGGCCAGACGGGUCGAUCUCCGCCAGCGCAUAUUACCCACCCGCAGAAUAUCUGGCCUUCUAGUACCCCUUGGUUCCGCGAGGGGAUGUAUCGCUACUAUGCGGCCGUUUAUCCCCUGGCGAUGAAACUCGUGCGUCUGUUCGCGUUGGCGUUUGGUCUGCAGGAGGAUACUUUUGAUAAGGAUUUCAGGUUUCCGAUUUGGGGGCUCAGGGCGCUGCAUUAUCCGCCUUUGCCGGCGGAUUGUGAGGCUAAUGCGAAUGGGUUGGGGGCGCAUGCGGAUUUUAGUUGGUUCACGAUGGUGUUGCAGGAUACGGUGGCUGGGUUGGAGGUGUUGAAUCGGGAUGGCGUGUGGAUUGAGGCGCCGCCGAAGGCGGGGACUUUUGUGGUUAAUGUUGGGCAGUAUCUGGAACGGCAGACGAAUGGGAAGUUCGUGGCGACGGUUCAUCGAGUUCGGAAUAAGACUGGCGAGAGACGAUUUUCGAUCCCGUUCUUCUUGAGCCAGGACCCGGACGCUAACAUCGAAGUGCUUGAGAGUUGUCUUGAGCCUGGACAAGAGAAGCCACCGCCAAUCAAUGUGGGUGAUUUGUAUAUCAGAAGGCUGCUACCCGCGCGGAAGAAGCACCCUACAAGCAUCAAGUAUAGAGAUGUGCCGGAGGAGAAUUGGAGUUAUGACUUUCUGUACGCAAAGUAG